GGUCCACAGCUCUCGUGCUCAGGAGCCUUGGGUCUCCCAGAGAGUGGGGUUCUGAGCGCCGUGGUCCCGUCUAGGGGUCCGGGCGCUUUCCCGGGGCUUCCCGGCCCCUUGAGUCACCGCGGGCGGGGGUCGCUGCAGUGCGUUUCUCCGCACGGCGGAGCCGGAGCCCGGGAUGGGAGGGGACGUUGGGGCUGGAGGGGAGGCUCGGGGCUCCCGUCAGAGAGGCGCCGGGCAGCUCCCCCCUCCUCUCCUCGGCCUCCGAUAAGCGGCAGCCCCAGGCAAUGGGUAAGGGGCAGCCCGGGGCGGUCGGUGGGGGCAGCUCCGGGAGCCUGCCUGGGCAGGACCGUGCCCGGCUACGGGGCGUGGCUAGUCCUGGAGGUGGAGUCCUUAAAAGGCCGGAGCCCGCGGCCCGCCGCAGCAGAGCCAGAGAGCUUCCUUUGGUGCAGCUUUUCCAAAUGGCCUCGAACGUCAUGGAGAACAAGGGCGAGAUCAUCCGCGAAGGCGAGCUGGAGAAGCGGAGCGACAGCCUCUUCCAGGUCUGGAAGAAGAAGCGCGCGGUGCUCACCGCCGACCGCCUGCGCCUCUUCGGGAGCGGCGAUCGCGUCAAGGAGCUGUACUUCCACUCCAUCCUCAAGGUGGACUGCGUGGAGCACACCUCCAAGUACGUGUACUUCACCAUCGUCACCAACCACUACAAGGAGAUCGACUUCCGAUGCGCGAGCGAGAGCUGCUGGAACGCCGCCAUCACCAUGGCGCUGAUCGACUUCCAGAACCGUCGGGCUCUGGAAGAGGUCCGCCGCCACCGCUUUUACCGCUCCGCGUGUGCCGCGUACCCGGACCCCCGUGAUCAGUACACCCGGGAUCCGUGAGACGCACGGGACCAGUCGAGCCGGGAACCAACCCACGCGGCUGCGUCAGACAGGAGCCCGGAGGAUGCCCCGGGUAACGCCGCCGCUCUUCACUGAAGACAUUCCCGCGCUCGCUGAGCUUCGCCCUGCUGUGCGGGCGCGCUAACUUAUUGGACUGUUUUUAUACCAAUGGUCACUCUUCCCAACCCACCAUUCCGUCUUAAUAUUUUUAUACCAUGUUUUCAUUCCAAAUAAACAAUGCCAUAUUUUUCUAACAA